AGCUCUAUGCUGAAGUGUUUUAGAAUGGUACGGCCCACAUGCUUCGAUCCGAUAGCGUUUCUCCAAGGCUGAAGUGAAGCAAGCAAGUAUCAACUCAGAGCUCAUUCGGGAGAGGAGAGAGCAGUUGUGUGCUAUUAGGAAUCAUGGCGAGAAGACUACGACUUCGCUGCCACAGGAGUAAUCACACACUUUGUGGACUACAAACACUCGUCUCGCUUCUUUUCUAUUGGAUUUCAGUGGUCAGCAGCGAGGUGUCGGUCCCCGAGCAGGUGGACGCGGUACUGGGCAAGAACAUCACGCUGGGCUGCUGGGUGGAGGUGGCGGCCAACCUGACCCUGACGCAGAGCUCCUGGGAGCGCCGGCUGCCCUCGGGCACCGUCACGCUGGCCGUCUUCAACCCGGAGUUCGGCAUCUCCAUCUCGCCCGAGUACGCGCACCGCGUCAGCUUCGUCAACCCGUCCGAGGGCGACGCCUCCAUCCUGCUGGAGGGCGUGGGCUUCGGGGACAUCGGCUCGUACACCUGCAAGGUGGCCACCUUCCCCCUGGGCAACAGCCAGGCCUCCACCACUGUCAACAUCCUCGUGGAGCCCAAGGUGGAGGUGCAGCCGGGCCCGUCGGUGCUGCUGGACGGCGCCAACGAGACGGUGGUGGCCACGUGCGUGGCGGAGCGCGGCCGGCCCGCCGCCGAGGUCUUCUGGGAGUCGGAGCUGGAGCUGCAGGGUCACUCGGAGGGCCAGCGCGAGGACCAGCCCAACGGCACCACCACCAGCCAGGUCACCUACCUGUGGCGGCCCACGCGCCACGCCCAGGGACACGCCGUCACCUGCGUGGUGCGCCACCCGGCGCUGCCCUACGAGAUACGCCGGCCCUUCACCCUCAACGUGCAGUUUGCCCCGGACGUGAGGGUGGUGGGCUACAACUCCAACUGGUUCUCCGGGCAGGAGGGCAUGAAGCUGGACUGCCUGGUCAACGCCAACCCUGCCCCCUACAGCUUCACCUGGACCAGGGUGAAGGGUUCUCUGCCCGAGGGGGUGUUGCAGGUGAACACCAGUCUGCUGUUCUCUCGGCCGCUGGAGCGUAACGACUCGGGCCUGUACCGCUGCGAGGUGCGCAACACCAUCGGCAUGAGAUACCAGGACAAGCACAUCUGGGUGCAGGAUCCUCCUCCCACCACGGCGCUGCCCACCACCUCUGCGGCGGCUGCAGUUCCUGGAGGUUCGGACACCACGGGCACGGCGCCAGACCACCGCCAGGCCCACUUCAGCUCCCCGACGCAGGGCUCCCCGGCGGCGCCCGCGGGCCAGGGCUCCGAGGGGCACCUGGGCACCAUCGUGGGGGGAGCCGUGGGGGGCAUCCUCAUCCUGGCCCUGCUGCUGGGCCUGGCCGGGGUGUGCUACAUGCGCCAGCGCCGCACCUUCCGCGGCGACUACUACACCAAGCAGUACCUGGGCCCCUCGGACAUGCAGAAGGACAACCAGCUGGACGUGCUGCAGCCCCACGAGCUGCAGGUCUACAGCAGCGGGGGCUCGGGCGAUGGCAGCGGCAGCGGCGACUCUGGAAAGGGCAGCCAGGACCUCAAGCCCAAGCCCAUCCCGGGGGACCUCAUCUACGACUACGCCAGCGACCGCAAGGACCGCGAGGAGUGGGGCGGGGACCCCCUGCACCACCAGACCCCCCGCGCCAUCACCAUCACCCGGGACGGCGGCUACUACAGCAACGAGCAGCACCUCAACCACCACCACCACCACCACCCCCAGGGGAACCAGCAGGCGUACCCCCAGCAGCCACAACAGCCGCAGCCCCAGCCGCCCCACCACCACCUCCACAGCAGCAGCUCCAGCUCCACUCCGCCCAUCCACACCCACACCACCAGCGGCGGCGGCGGCCUCAACGGCUCCCCCUACCUGCCGGAGGACUGCUACGUGGACAACGGCACGGAGAGUGACUACGUGUCGCACAUGGACGGCUCGGUCAUCUCGCGCCGGGAGUGGUACGUGUGAAGGGGGGGGCGGCUAUGCGAUGCGAAGCGAAGCGAAGUACCGUCGUACCUCCUCUGCUGUGCUCCGAGAAACACCACGGCAACACACACACACACAGAAACACACACAUACACACACACACACACACACACACACACACUGUUUCCAUUUCACCCCCUUGUCACCUUGGACUCGGAAGUGGUGCAUCUGAAAACGAUUCCUUUUCUUAUGCACUCCCAGGACUACCAUGCACCAUGUCCUUGUACCUCUUCAUACCCUCCCCCCCCCCUCCAAUGCCCCACAAGUCUCCCUUUUCCCCUCCUAUUCCUCUGUCAUCUGGUGUCCGGAGGAGUGGUUACGAUGCUACUCCACUGCACUCCUUGACGCACCAUAUUCUCCCAUACGUACCUCCUGGUAUCCACCCACCACGCCCCUCAUCAAGUACCUUGCCUUUAUCCCCCUAUAUCUGGUUCAUCUUCUGUCAGGAGUGUUAUGUGUGAAGACACUUACCUCCACUACACUCCACAACCACCACCAUCAUCAUCAUCCAACCAUCACUUCCUCCCCAAUCUUAUGUGCCCCCUUCAACCCCCCCACAAAAGAAAGCAUCCUCAUUCCCCUGCCUUCCACCACAUACACACACACGCCUACUACACAAACACACAUUACACUCAUACACACACACACACGCACACAUACGCUGACCAGCUGGUGCAAGAGACGAGGGGAGAAAGCCCUGAUGUUGUUGGGGGGGGGUGGGACUGAUGAUGAACUUGCAAGUGGAAAAAUACCAGCUGCGACGCAGGAGAUGUUGUCCAUUAACAGAAACAUCGAAAUAAACAAGGAACGAAACACGCUAUAUCUAUAAAUAGACAUCAAAAUACAAACACGAAAAAAGGAAAGGAGGAUUGAAAGCAAACAAGAAGAAGACUGUUAUUCAGAAUUCAAAAAAGGAAAACGGAGCAGGAAAAAACCUUGAUGGGAGUGAUACAAAAAAAAGACUCUUGUGAGAGUUUUAGCGAUUGCUAUCUGAACUCUGCGAACUUGUGACUAAAAAGAUGCUUUGCUGUCAUUGCGGUAGUAGCGGUGCCCGCAGCCAGGCUCAUUCGUAUUCAGCUCAGUGCUUAA